UAUACCCCUCGGCCGGGGAGACCGGGGUAACACAAUUCAGUUGGCCGAAUGCGCGCGCUAUGGGCGUAUGUGUUUCGCGUCGCGUUUCGUUGGUCAUCUUACACUAAAUACAACAAUAUAACCCAAAAUUAAGUUACAAUACACUAAAACAACAAUUAACGUACAGUGUGUGUGUCGAAUGAAGUGUUUUAUGUUAUGAGAUGUGAAAAAACUUGGUAAAUCCAGUGCUAAUGACAAGAAGCUUUAUACAGCGUCAUAGUAUCUUGAAACGAUAUGAAACAACACUUUGUACUGCGAUAAAUCCAUUUUACAGGCUCGUUUUAUCGGCUCCCAACAUGGUUAAAAAACAAAUACAAUGACUAUAUAAUCGCGUGAGACAUGUGCAUUACAAUGUCUAUUUUAAAAUAAGAGUGAUACCCGAUGGUAGUUGGACCAUGGCGCGGCAUAGGCCGACCACGAGGCAUUUCCAUAACCAGCCGGAGUUACGGAGGGGGGACAGUGCUGGUCUCAUGCUGUGGAUCUUCCUAGUGUGGCUGGCCAGCUGCGGGCCGCUGGGGAACACGGUGAAACAGGACGGUUGUGCCUUCCCCACCCGGUGGCAGGGCAAGUGGUUCCAAUCGGGUGUUAUCCAGCCGAUCCUCAUCGAGGGCAACAUCCUCUCUAAUAAGGGCCGCUGCCUCUCCUCCGAAGGCGACAAGUUCUUAAUAGUUGAUGAGAAGGGCUGUUAUCGCUGCGUAGUGAUGCAUGAAAAACACAUUAAUGUUCUACAAUACAAGGAAACCUUCUGUCACCGGCGAGACGCCUUACCUCACCUCUGCUCACUGAUAACUGGGGAUGCUUUGCUUUACUCAAUGUUCAGAGAAAACGCUGAGCCUGUGGACUGUCCUUUGAAGGCACCGUUCUCCUUUACGUAUAACAGAGGUCAUGGCGACUGCAAAUUCCCCGCAUCGUCAAUAGAGAGCUGUACAGAAGAUUCUAGACUCCUACUCAACUAUCAAGCAUGUCCUGACGUUUACGGUUCUGAAAGCACUGUUGAAGAGUUAGAAUGUCUUGCGACAUGGAAGGAAGGUAGCCUACGAUUCCUCGUGGGCAAGAUCCACCACAACCACGCCACCAGCAACGAAGACAGAUAUCGAUGCUUUGUCUACGAGAAGACAAAUGGUAUUGCAUCUAAUCCGAGUCUUAAAGAGAACCCCGUUUCCCCUGGAGGUGUGGAGUACAGAGUUGCACAAUCUGGUGACGCUACGUGUAACGGACUCUUUAGUGCUACAGAAGGUUCCAGAACUAUGGCUUUGAAGCGGGUUUCGGUCCGCUUCAACUGCCAAUUCCCAUCUUGGAUGACGUUCUCCCACACUUGGCACACACUAGACUUCACAAGCAACUACACGUUCUACCAGCGGAACGCGACCCUCCGCAUCACCAACCAGACAGGCGCUGAGAUCAAGGUGUUCUGUGUCAAUGUUAAAGCCAGCUCGCCGAGCGGUAACUCGGUAGCGUUGGUUGCACAUUGGCAACAUCACUGUGUGUCUCGUUACGUCUGCGUGGUGUUGUACCGACGGGAUACGUACAUAGCGGAGUUACAGCGCGGCACCCCGACCACGCGGCCGGACGACGCGUGCUCCCCGCACCACUUCAAUGCUGUUACUGCACCUUAUAUCACUUUAGUUGCAAGUAAUCCAGAAUCAAAAGAAUGUCCGUAUUCCGGGAAAUACACAAUAUCAAAUCAUAGACAUCAAAGAAGCAUACCCAGCUCUCCAGAAAGACAUAGAUUAAAAAGAGACAAAAACUAUAACCAUAGAGUAAACAAUACGAGAUCAUUCAAUUUUAGCCUAGGAAAUAUUUCGGAUAUGCCGAUGCUAAGAAGUAAGAGACAAGCGGAUGAAAUCGCUUGCGUCGGUAGCAAAUAUAACAAAUUGGAAGUCGGCUGUAAUACUGCCAAGAAUAUGGAGUUUUAUUCCACUUGUAAUAAAAAAGAAAUUGUUACUGCGUACACCUGUCACGGCGGGUGGUAUGAGAACGGCGCGUCGUUUGUAGUCACGACCCCCGUAACGCGCGACAGCACGGCCGCGCGCCGCUACUGCUUCGUGUCAAGAGACGCGCGGGACGGCGCACUGUCCGUCGGCCAGAGCGCGACUAACUGCGAGCGGGGAUACGACCCGGAGCCGCUGUUGUUCGAUGCCACAUUUACUGGCAAAUGUCAAGAUGAAACCAACAACCAGCCUCGACUGAGACUACCAUCACCACACAUUAUUUUCAUCGUAUCGUUUAUUGUACAUUACAUUAUACCUAGAUGAUUUAUAACAUACUUGAAUAGUAUUAAUUUAUUGUAACUUUGAACUCUUCACCCCUCUCCUAUAUCCAUACAAUUAAAAUAUAAUGUAAAUUCACAAACAUGUUGAUAGUAUUUAAUGUUUUUAUUGAAAUUCUAUAAACAUUUUAGCCCUAAUUUAUUUCACUAUGUAUUAUAGGAUUAAGAUAAUACGUGAAAACUUAUUAUUACUUUUAUACUACGUAAAGCACUUAGUUUAACACAAUUCUGUCCUUCAGGCAAUAUGUGAAAACCUAUAAUCUUAGAUUUGAUGACAGUUAUAUUCUAUCAUUCAUUUAAUUGUUUAACAUUAAUUUAACAUGAAUUCUUCUAAAAGCAUAAUGUAAUUCAUUCGAACAACGAUAUAUUAAAUGAAAUAAUUUUAAAUUAUUAUGAUAAUUACCUUAUUUGAUAUCUACAAUUUCAUUUCACAUUUUUUUUCUUAUAUUCUAAAUUUAAAUAAUAUAUCGCAACAGCAAUAAAAAAAAUGGUAACACCUCACUUCAGAUUAUAAAACAAAAAGCACCUCUCUUAAUCAUAAUAAUUUUACCAUCUCCUACACACUGUACAUAGUAAACAAUAUCGUAAAUUUAAAUCGAGGCGUAAUAAUAUAAAGGUAUAAUGAAAAUAAGAUAGCAAAUAUAGAUACCGAUUUUGUUUCUGUGUCGAAUGUUUGUCAAAAUCUUUAAAUCGAUUGUGUGAUGGUGUAAAAUGGUUGUGAAUUAAUGUUUCAAUAUACCGAAGUAGGAAUGAUUCUAUCUGGACUGAAAGAACGGUAGAUUAAUUAUUUAUAAAGAAAAAUAUUUAUUACCUACUACAUUGUAGUAAAAUCCUGUAUAAUUUAAACAUAAUCAUGUCUACCUAUUCAAGGUCCUAUUUGUUUUUCUUCUAAUUUAAAAGCGCACAGAUAAAUAAAAGCGAUAGAACUUUAAAAAUGGAAUUCUAUUCGAUUUCUUGUUAUUAUAAUCAAUUUAAGUUUAAAUAGAUCAUUGUAUCUAUUUAGUUAAUAUACGCUUUUUUAUCUUCUGAAUACCAUUUUUGUCCGCAAUUCCUCUCAUAGCUAUAGGUUUAUUGUAAUAAUUUUGGAAUAUUAUCACGCAAGAAGUCGAAAAGAAUAUAGCUUUAACACAGCAUUAAAGACUGUAAUUCUACAUUUGUUAUUUAAUAAGGCGUUUAGUAGUUUUGUAAUUGCGUAAUAUAACAUGAUCGUUGAGUACUGUAUCAAAUAUUAAUUAUGCUAUGCAAAGCAAAUAUGGAAACAGUGACAAAUGAGUACCUAUUUAUUCAUUUUUGGAAGUGAUAACAAUCUAAUGGGAGUGUUAACCGCUUCGUCGCGUAAUGCGUUAUGGCGCCAGUCUGCUUGGCCUCUCUUUCUCUCAAUAAGGCGGUAGGUAGGAUCUUCCUCUCUCACUCUAACCCACAGCGCUAGCCGCAUUUAGUUUAUGUACAAUUAUAACUUCUGUCGAGCGUCCUGGAACAUACUCAUUUAUAUGUUUUUUAAUAUGCUAUACUAUGCUAUGCUAUGCUAUGUUCCUAAUAAGGUUACAUUACGUACAACGCAUUUUUAUACUAUUAUUUUUUCCUCAGAUGGACCAUGUUAUUUUCAUUUGUUAACAGCAGACAACAACCGCAUUAUCAUAACUCAGACUUUCGAAAUAUAAAAUUAUUCGACUACGAUUGCACUCAAAUUACGUAUUCGAACAGUUGUUUGAUUUUAGACAUUAAAAUUCGAUGCACGGUGAAUUAAAUUUUACACAAAAUAUUUGGUUACUAUGGCUAGCUUUAUAUUAAAAUGACAUGUACUAUGUAUCAUCAGGGUAUAAAAAUAAACAAAAAUAUAACAGCAAUAAAUUAAUCUGCUCCAUAUAUAAACACAGCAAGAUAAUGUCAUUACUUAGCUGUUAAAAAUCUAAUUGAAACCCAGUACAGGCUUGGGCUUAUCAUAUUUCAUUAAUAUAAAAUUUACAUUAAUAUAUCACUUGUUCAUGAUAUAACAGUAUCUAAUAAUGUCCAAUUGCCUCUUCAUAAAAAAUUAGUUCUCUAGGAGCACUGUCUAAUACAUAUAUUUUUUCUACUUUAGCUAUUAUUGUUGAGAAGCUGCAACUAACAACGAAAAAACUAAUAUUAAACGUCAAUGUUUUCAUACUUGUAAAAAUAUCAAGUUACACAAGAAGCUUAAAAAUAUGUACAAAAUUAUCAUAGCAUGUUAUUGAGUAGCUAGACUAAUUUAGCAUAUUUCUUUUACGAGCAAAUUAUAUAUAGGAGUAAUUUAUAGGUUAAUAUUUUCAGAACGUAUGUUAGCAAUCUUCUGAGCUUCACCGAUUUUAUAGUCAGUAAAUUUUCAACUAGUUUCUUUUAUUGUUGCUGUUUGUUCUUGUAACAUAGGUACGUAUUUUAUAUCCGUUGGUUUCAAAUUACUGUUCGAAGUAACUCGCUCACCAACAUAAUCAAUUCAUUGUCACAAUCCCAUCUAUAUCUAUAGGUUGGUUAAGAAAGCCAUUUGAUGGCGAUUUCUAGUUAAUUCGUACGUAUUUGUUAAAAAGGAAACUGCUAAUUUCCUUCAUCAAGCAAUACUAAUUUAAGUAAAUAUGUUCUAGAAAUAACAUAUAGCUAAGUGAAACGAAUACUCAUUUUGAGAUGAAUGUAUAGUUUAGAUAAGUAAUAAUUAGUUAUAAAUUCGCGACAGCAAUAAUAUAUUUGUAUUAAAAGCUAUUGAGCGUUAAAUUUUUAAUAGCAAUUAGGUAGACAGUUGUGAAUAAUUGAGCUAGCGUUGUUAUUUUAUAAUGUAAGAGAGAUUAUUUCUUCUGUGGAAGCAACUGGAGGUGUCACGGUGAGACAAAUAUUGGUGACGAUUAUAUACAUUAAGCGGAUACGUUGUUUCCAAUGUGUGAUAUAGAUACAGUAAUUUAAUUAAGGAUAUAGUCGUCAGCAUGAAUUAUAAUAAA